AUAGACGGGGCACUGCAACUGUGCUUUGGGUGGAACAGAGCCCGAGAUAUACUUUUAUUUAUUUGAGAAGAGAAGUGAAGAGGGGAGAAGCAGAGACCGAGUGGUUGUGGAUAGUUUGGGCUUGAAAUUGAGCCCAAGGGUGGAGGAGGCCCAUAAUUAUUUGGGAAGAAGUGGACUUUAACUAGUCUCCUCCUCCCGCUCCGCGCGUGGUAGUGCCCUUUCCCAAAUCCAGGCGAGAGAAUGGAGUCGAGCAUCCUGGAGUCGAUCGGCGUUGAAAUCAUCGGCGUAAUGUCGCCAGUGUCUAUCUGCAUGUUCCUUGUCGUCCUUUUAGUCUACGCCCUCUCCCCUUCGAACCCUUCGUCGUCGUCGUCGAUCCGGACCGCCGCAAACCUGGUGUACCUGGAGAGCCCCACCGACUCGACCUCCGAAAAGCUCGAAGGCGCUCUCCUCAACGCCCUCGUCUUCGUUAUUCUCAUCGCCCUCGUCACCUUCCUCCUCGUCCUCCUCUACUACUACAACUUCACUAAUUUCUUGAAGAACUACAUGCGCUUCUCCGCCUUCUUCGUCCUCGCCACCAUGGGAGGUUCCAUCUUCCUCUCCAUUAUCCAGCAUUUCUCCAUACCCAUCGACUCCGUCACUUGCUUUCUGCUGCUCUUCAAUUUCACUCUUGUCGGCGUCUUGUCCAUGUUCGCCGCCGGCAUGCCUAUUCUCUUGCGCCAAGCUUAUAUGGUCUGCUUGGGCAUCAUCGUCGCUGCUUGGUUCACCAAAUUGCCCGAAUGGACCACUUGGGUUCUGCUUGUCGCUCUCGCUCUCUAUGAUUUGGUAGCUGUUCUCGCCCCCGGCGGCCCCCUUAAACUCCUCGUUGAGUUGGCCUCCACCCGCGACGAGGAGCUCCCCGCUUUGGUUUAUGAGGCUCGCCCCACCGUCCCCCGAAACGCAAAUGCAUCCUCCUUGGGCCUUUUGGUUGCCGGGGUUUCCGAUUCUGGCUCCGUUGAGCUCCAGGCUGUUUCGAGGGGCAAUGUGAGUCCAGGUGAGAAUGAAAACCGUGCUAGUUCAGACGACAGUGUGGUUGAGGUUGACAGUUUCGCCAAGGAGGGAGGUCAAAGUAACGGAGACGAAGGGCAGAGGUUACUGCCGGUGGAUAGGGCACUGGGUAGGCACUCGUCAAGCAGUGAUGCUUCGGAGUAUUCAACUGUCAAUGUUCCCUCUGAUAGAGCUAGGCAGUUUGGCAGUGUAGCAUCUGAAAUUGUUGCCGAUGAGGAGGAGAUGUCUCCUCUUGUUCAAAUGUCCGGAUCAGGUAACGAGAGAGAUGAGUUGAGAAGGGAUGCUGCUGAAAUGUUCAGUAGAGGUAUUAAACUCGGUCUUGGUGAUUUCAUUUUCUACAGUGUUCUAGUGGGCAGAGCUGCAAUGUAUGACCUUAUGACUGUGUAUGCCUGUUAUCUUGCCAUUAUUUCGGGACUUGGGUGCACUCUCAUCUUGUUGUCAGUAUGCCAUCGAGCUUUGCCUGCUCUGCCUAUAUCUAUUGCAUUGGGUGUUAUUUUUUACUUCUUGACUCGGUUAUUAAUGGAACCCUUUGUUGUUGGGGCAGCCACAAAUUUACUGAUGUUUUGAUUAUACAUUUCUUUUUGGUAAGAGGUGCAUUAUGCUUAGAGCAGGACUGAUGAUUUUGUAGGCAUGAGAUCUAUAUACAAAGUAAAAGGUUUGUUCCUUGAAUUCUUUCUCUUUCUGCUCAUGUAAUUGCCUGUGGUUCAACCUGAAUUGUGUAGUGUAGUCACUUUGAGAAGAACUAGUAAUUUGGUACUCAAGUGAAAUGUAAUUUGACAGUGACUGGCCUUUCAUAUCUCUCUAUUAUUGCAGUAUGUCUAUGCUCUAUAGACACAACAUAAGAAGGAAAAGGAAAAACAGUCCAUUAUAUUAUUAGUGGUUCUUCUUACCUAUAGUUAUCUUUUGGAA